UUAUAAGAACCUUCACACUGUUCUUAGUUCUACAAUCUACAUCUACAUUCUUCAGUUUUUAUCGUAGUUCCUAGUUGUAGUCUCGAUUCUAGUUGUCACUUUGCAGUUUUAUGUUCAAUCGCCGACGGCGAUGAAGAAUUUACGUUUGUUCCUAAACGUGAGUCGUAGAAUUGAGGAGUUUGGCGAAGGCGAUUUGAAAAUAAUAGGUACCUCGAUCCGUGCAGAGGGGCCAGAAUCGUUGUUCAUUUUUCACCGGAACAGGCUCUACAGUCUGAUCCUGCCAAAUCUUGAGCUUCAAGAUGUCAAGAACGAUUUUACUUUACUCCACCUAUCAGGAAAAGAGAGUGAUGUUGUCGGUUCCAUCUACAAUGAGAUCUUUGGAGAAAUCCAUCUGGUUUAUGCUUCGGGUGUAGUCCUCACCCUCAUGAUCCAGGAUGGUGAGGUCUUGUCGGAAAACGCUAACUUCAUUGUAGAAGGAAUAACCUGCGUAAAAUGGAGCCCAAACCUUGAACAAGCCGCUGUACUUGUUAAGACUGACCGUCUCCUCAUCAUUAACUCGUCUUUCGAAGUAUUGAACUCUGUAGAUUUACAGAGCCUAGAUGAGGGUGAACGAAAAUCAGUCAGUGUCGGUUGGGGUAAAAAAGAAACCCAAUUCAAAGGUAGCGCUGGGAAGAAAGAAAUUAAAGAAGAGACUGUUGAACAAAGUGAAAUCAAGAAUGAUUUAUCAACUUCAAUCACUUGGAGAGGCGAUAGUGAUCUCUUUGCUGUAAACUACUGGUGCAACUCUUUUAAUAAGCGCAGGAUCAAAAUUUUUGACAAAGAAGGAAAUCUUCAGAGCAUUGGAGAAGACCUACCUGGUUUGGAAACCCCAAUGUGUUGGCGUCCUCUGGGAAAUCUCAUUGCUUUUUGUCAACGAUUCAUGAAUAGAUAUGUUAUUGGCUUCAUGGAAAAGAAUGGCCUGAAGCAUGGCGACUUCAACCUUUCAAAAGAUGUUCAGGUCAUCAGUAUUGACUGGAAUGUUGCCUCAAAUAUUAUUUUGGUUGUGACUGUCACAAAGAAAAGUGAUUAUCUAUUAUCUCUAUGGACGACUGGGAAUUAUCAUUGGUAUUUGAAACAAUCGUUUAAAUUCAGUCAGAAGCCUAUUUUAGUAUCGUGGGAUGAACAAAAGGAGACCAGACUUUUUGUAGUAACCGAUGACAAAAUCUUUCAUGUUUUGGAGUUCACUUGGGUUGUUGAUCAUAGCACUUACAAACAACCAGAAUCCUCUUACAUAUCAGUUAUUGAUGAUGAUAAAUUACUUUUAACACCAUUUAAUACGGCUAUUAUACCUCCUCCAAUGUGUUGUUGGUCAUUAAACUGUGAUUCUUCUAUAAAUCAAAUAUUAUAUUGCCCAGAUUUCAAACAAGGCUGUGAUAAUUGGUUUUUAUGCGCUGUCUGUAGUAAUAACAAAAUCUGCUUUUUUGAAAUAGUUGAUGGAAAUCCCUCUUUGUCAAAAAUAUUUGAUAUGCCCUUUGACAACAACAAACUUGACAACAAAUCCAUCCUAGGAAUAUGGGAAUGGUUGACAAAUAAUAUGCUAGUAUGUUGUAACACAAAUUCAAAAACUGGAUUCUCGGAUAUCGCUUUUAUCAAAGUUGAAGCUGAUGGAUUGUUUUUGAAAGAAAUUGUUCGUUUGGAGAAAAUGAUCAUUGCAGUGAUCAGAAAAGACGAUCAAGCAUUGUUACAGACUGUUGACAAUGAAUUUAUUAAAUGCAAUAUCGAAUUUAAUGAUAAUUUACCAAUAAUUUCCUUGCCUGAGCAAGUAUCCAGCACUGUAAUUGUUGACAAUUUCAUAUAUGCUUUAAGUAACACAAAGCACUUGUAUGUAAAUGAAAAACAAAUCGCUGCAAAUAUAACAUCAUUUUUUGUGAAGAAGCCUUACAUUUUAGCGACGACCACUCAUCAUACUCUUCUUAUUUUAAAAACAUUAGAUGAAACAUGUGAAGAAGUUUCACUUAGGAAAUUGGAAAGAGGAUCAAAAAUAAUUUUAGUCACAGGGAAUUCAGUGGUAAUGCAACAUCCAAGAGGUAACCUAGAGACGAUACAGCCGAGGGCAUUAACGAUUCUUGCCAUCGGUUCACUACUUGACAAACAAUGUUACAAUGAUGCUGUCCAUUUGUUGAGAAAGCAGAGAAUAACCUUUGACCUGUGCGUUGAUCACGACCCAGAAAUGUUUUUAGAAAAUGUAGAUAAGUUUGUCGAUCAGGUAGACCAGCAAUGGAUAACGCUGAUGGUAACAGAGCUCUCUGAAAAGGAUGUAACCAAAGGAGUUUACUCUGCGUACUACAUUCGGGAUAGUCAUGUAACACUGACUGAUAAAAUUGAUAUUGUCUGUAAUGCGAUUCUUGAAGCUUUGUCCAGACAAAACGACAAUAAAAACUCCCUUGCAAAACUGAGCUGUUUAGUCAAAUUAAAGAAAAUUGGAAAAGCCAUCGAACUGGCCAACGAUCCUUCAUCUUUACAACACUUACUUUUCCUUGUCGAUGUUGAAUCACUUUAUAAAGAAGCUUUGGGUACUUACAAUCUCAAUGCAGCUUUAAAAAUAGCAGAAAAAUCGCAAAUGGAUCCAAAAGAAUACGUGCCUUAUUUAAACAGCUUAAAAGACUUGGAGAUCAAUUAUAUGAAAUACACUAUUGACAGGACACUAAAAAGGCCUAAAUCAGCUUUAAAUCAUAUUUCAAAAUGUGGCGAGGAAAAAAUGGAUGAAUGUUAUAUUUUGAUAAAAGAGUAUAAUUUAUAUUCACAAGCACUUGAAUUAUUUAAAAAUGAUGUCCAGAGGUAUGUUCUUGUGGCAUCAAUGUUCGGUGAGAGUCUAUACAAGAAGAGGCACUUUGAAGAAGCUGGUAUCAUGUUCGCUCGUGCUAAUAAACUAGAAAAAGCUAUCGAGGCUUUUACAAAAUCCGGCAAUUGGAGGCAGUGCAUUAUUCUGUCGCGGCAGUGCAACUUCAGCGAUGACGAUGUCAGAAGGUUAGGAGAAUCCCUUUACAAUGGGCUCAUUUCUUCAGAAGAAUACAGGGAAGCCGGAAACGUCGCAUUGGAAUGCCUGCACGAUGUUGAAAAAUGUAUUGACGCUUUCUUGCUUGGGAAGUAUUGGCAGGAAGCGAUUUUCGAAGUCUUAAAGCACAACAAAAUCAAAUUGAUCGAUGUCAUAAAACAGAAUGUACUAGACAAUGGAGUUUUUAUUCUUGAUGAUUUUAGUACAAAGCAUAAUACUAUUAAGAAAUAUGUUGAUCGAUUGGAAAUCGUUAGAAAAGAAAAAGCGAAUAAGCCAAGGUUCCAUGACUUUGACGAAAUGAGUGAUACCAGCAGUAGUGUUUCUUCUUUCAGGACCAAUCCAUCUUUUGUCUCUCGUUCGAGUAAAAUGACGAGGAAGAUGAGCAGAAAGUUGUGGAGUUUGAAAGAGGGUAAUCCUAGAGAAGAAGAAGCGCUUAUUGCAACUUUAGGGGAACUAAUACCAAACAUGGAAAAAAAUGCAGCCGAUGUGCAAAAUAUCUGCACAACUCUCGUAUUUUUUAAAGAAGAUGUUGUAGCUAAAAACUUACAGGCUGCUGCAAAAAAGUUCCUCCAAAACAUUAAAGAAGUUAAAAAAAUAAUUUGGCCAAAGGAUCCAAACGAAGAUGAAGUUUCCACACUAGAUCAAAAACUUAAAUACCCACCAGAGAAUAAAGUCCCAAAAGAAUGGGAAUUAGAAUCAAUAAAAGAUAUUUAAAACAAAUAUAUACAUGUGUAAAUACAUUGAAAUGAAAUCUUA